CUGGGCUCGUCCUGAUCUCCUGCAGCAACGAAGCCCCGCAAGACCCGCAGCGCCAUGAACCCGUCCGGCCCCCCGCCCAUGCCGUUUCCCCCCGGCGGCCCUUCGAUGGUGCCUCCAGCGCCGAUGAUGGGCGCUCCGGCCAUGUAUCCGCCUGCCCCGAUGCCAGCUCCGAUCGGGAUGCCACUGGUGCCUGCCCCACGAGAGCCGAUGGCCCCACCGCCGACAGAGCCCAACAAGACGCUGUAUGUGCGAAGGCUGAAUGAGCGCAUCAACCACAAAACUCUGCUAAAGAAUCUGGAGGCCGUCUUUUCCCAGUACGGAGAGAUCGUGGAGGUUCGGGCCAAACGGAACGUGAAGCUGCGUGGACAGGCGUUCAUCACCUUCAAGACACUCGAGUCGGCCCAGAAAGCCAAACAGGAACUGCACGCCUUCCCGCUCUUUCAGAGACCCAUGGAUAUCCAGUUUGCUCGAACGCCCCACUACACCACAGUCCUGCAAGAAGGCGGCAGUAUUGAGGAGCUGAAGCAGCGUAGAGAGCAGAUGAAACUUGAGCGCGAAAAGGAGGCCCAGAAGAUCAAGACCGAGAUCAUCGAGGAGCAGCUGCCGCCCAACAGUCUGCUAUUCGUCGAGAACUUCCCCGAGGGCACCACCUCAGAGAUCGUCACCGAUCUGUUCAAACAAUUCCCUGGCUUCAAGGAAGUCCGCAUGCUCACUCGCAAGGGCGAGCCGAUUGCAUUCGUCGAGUACGAGAACGAGUUCUUUGCAACCGAGGCCAAGGUGCGCCUGCACGGCUGCAAGAUCACCGAAACCCACGAGAUCAAGGUCACCUAUGCCAAAAAGUAGAGCCCACAAGGUCCACCGGCCUGAUCCUCGUCCUGGUCCUCGUCCUGAUCGUCCUGAUCGCAGCCAUACCUCGUCCAUCCGACUGCUCCCGAUCCCGUUCGAGCACCGACGUGGGUCGAUGAGGACGACAGUUCCAUCGAUUGCAUUUGGAAUAUACGUGAGCUCAAGCCUGCUCUCGCUGUCGAACGCUGUUAAUACAUUCCCUUUUGAAUCAGGCA